CUCGCAGAGUACGUGCGCAGAUCCGGAGAACUCGCCGGCGGAUGGAUCUCCCAGAAGAGGUGCUCGCCGACAUCCUCCGCCGCAUCCCGCCGCGUCACCUCGCCGCAUGCAGGCGCGUCUGUGCGGACUGGCGGGCCACCAUCGACGCCCGCAGGCUGGUCCUCCCGCACCUCCUGCCGGGCGCGCCGCGCGGCGCCUUCAUCAACGUGGCCGAGAGCUUGCGCGACACCUACUUCUUCGCGCGCGGCGGGCCCGCCGUCGGCUUCGACACCCGACUCGCCGAUGCGCCGACCAGCUGGUGCACCUCCUUCGUGGACCACUGCAACGGGCUCCUCCUGUGCGAGGCCGAUGAGGGCACGCGCUUCGUCUACAACCCGGCCACGCGGAGGUCAGCCGUGCUGCCGCCCGCGCCGAGCUCGGAGCCUUCGGGAGUCGCUUCCGGCGCGUACCUCGUGUUUGAUCCCUUCGUGUCUCUCCACCACGAGGUGCUCGUGCUCCCCGAGUUGCCCGGCGAGCCCCAGCCCCCCGAACCUGCCGACUCGCCGCCGCCGCCGCCGUUCAACGUGGGGCGGCUCUUCUUCGCGGACGCUGAGUCGUUGCCGCCGCCUCAGAUCGACACCGACGACGAAACGGGCGAUGGGGAGGACUGGCUGUCCUGGUGCUCGGAAGACGAACCUCGGAAGCGUGCGAGACCCCGUCAGAGCGAGCACGUCGAGGCGAAGGACACCUUGGGGCUUAUGGAGUGGCCGCCGUCGCCGUACGUGGCGCAAGUGUUCUCGUCCGAGACCGGAAGGUGGAGCGACAGGGCGUUCGUCUGGGAAGGCGGCGGCGCCGGGACGGUGGCCGACAUGUGGUCGGAUCCACUGUCACCCGGCUAUGGAAUGGGAUUUGGUCAUUGCCGGCCGCGCCGUCGCCACGCUGUCUACUGGCGGCAGUCGCUAUAUGUCCAUUGCCGCGGCGGUUUCAUCGUCAGGUUGUCGCUGCUGACGGGAAAGUAUGUGGUGAUCAAAACCCCAGGAGUUACCAAAGUCGCCGAGCAUAGGUGGGCUACACCGUACCUGAGCAAGUCCCGGAUGGGGGUUUACUACAGCAUUGUCGACUGCCUAAAGUUCAAAGUAUGGGUACUGACCGACGAAUCACCGAUGGCGACGCCGGUGUGGGAGAUGGUGCAUCACGCCGACCUCGAGCCCGCAAUCAGGCAACUCAUCGGCAAAAACCUUCAAAACGCAGAAAAAUCAUGGGUCCAGGAGGAUCCUAGGAUACUGGAAUCGUCGAUGGAGCAGGGAGAUACCGCGAACGGGACUCUGACAACGACAAUGAUGAUGGCGCCAAUGUCGCCGAAGAAGAAGAAGAAGAAGAAGAAGAAGGCGUCGCCCUAGGCUGGUACAUUGGUUGGUUGGAUUUCUUGGGGUAUCAUCCUCGCAAGGAGAUCGUCUUCUUGGGCCACCAGUACGAGCGUUGCGCUUAUGCCUACUACCUGAGCACUUGCAAGCUUGAGUACCUUGGUUAUCUUUGGUUGGCACCACGGGACCAGCGUUUCCCGGCUUGCGUGCAGGAGUCGCACGUGUAUACCCCGUGCAGCAUCGACCUGCUUUAUGAUGAGAAUGGUGUCUCUGUUGAUUUGAGUGAAUGGGUUUCAUAAGCUAGAUAGCUAAUGAAACAAUAUUAGUGUCUGUCUACCUUUUCUUUAAAGAAACAAUAUUAGUGAGAUAUGGAGUAGCAUAGAAGGAUUUGGAGAAUAAAAUAAAUGAACUGUGAAACUCAUCUGUAAAUUUAG